UCUACACAUAUUGUUUUCCCAAAACCCCCACUUUUACAGACUUUUACAGAAGAAUUCAGGAAGGCAGUACGUAGCUUGAAAUGGGAUCGAUUUUCUCCUAACACCCCAAACCCUAAUCUAGUUCUUUUCUCCUCCAUUUCCUGAACACCAUGCGCCACCUCAUUAAUCGCAUGCUCUGGAAUGGGAUCGCAGCCACCCCUAUUUCAAGAGCCCUGCCGCUUUGCUGCGAAAUUCAGAGUGCUUACGUUUCUCGGAGGCGGUAUGGACUUGUGCCUAUGGUCAUAGAGCACUCGUCUCGAGGGGAAAGAGCCUAUGACAUUUUCUCGAGGCUUCUCAAGGAGCGCAUCAUUUGCAUCAAUGGACCCAUCAAUGACGACACUUCCCAUGUUGUCGUUGCUCAGCUCCUCUUUCUCGAGUCCGAGAACCCCUCCAAGCCCAUCCACAUGUAUCUCAAUUCGCCUGGAGGCGCCGUCACAGCAGGUCUUGCUAUCUAUGAUACGAUGCAGUACAUCCGAUCUCCCAUUAAUACUAUAUGCCUAGGUCAGGCAGCAUCUAUGGCAUCUCUACUUUUAGCUGCCGGAGCCAAGGGUGAGAGGCGGUCUCUCCCUAAUGCUACAAUAAUGAUUCAUCAACCUUCUGGUGGAUACAGUGGACAAGCUAAAGAUAUGACAAUUCACACAAAACAGAUCGUUCGGGUUUGGGAUGCCCUAAAUGCGUUGUACUCAAAACACACCGGACAAUCUGUGGAAAUAAUUCAGAAAAACAUGGAUAGGGAUUAUUUUAUGACCCCUGAAGAGGCAAAAGAGUUUGGGAUAAUUGAUGAGGUCAUUGAUCAACGGCCACUGUCUCUAGUGACUGAUGUUAUUGCUCAGGAGGUCAAAGAUAAAAGUUCAACCUAGAAGACGACACAUUGUGGUGAUUUCAAAUUAGACUUUUUGCAAGUCUUGACGAGUAUAAAUUAAUUACUAUAAGUUGCUCCUGGGGGUCUUGCUUCAAGGAAGUACUGAACUUGUAGAAUUGGAUAUUUCAUUUUAUACAAAUGAAGAUACUGGCUAUUGCUUAUGAUCUUGCUGAUUUUUACUUGUUGUUUUAUAAAUUGAAAUUGCUACUAUUGUUUUGCAUAGUUUAUUUAACAUAUGCAUGCGUGUGUAUGCAUGCAUGUCGCAUGAUCUCAUCUAUAGUAGUUAGAGCACAUAUUUAAGCAAUUGAGGAUAUUGAAUCUAAGAACCAUAAUU